AUGACGAAUAUAAUCAGAUCAAAAAGGAAGUCCGAGUAUCUUCUACUAGAGCUGGACACUACAAAACGUCGGAUCAAAGUGAUUCAACCGAAGGUAAGCGACUAAAAAGUGGUACAGUUUCCCUAUACAAAGGUUAAAGAAUAACUUUUUUUAAUCACAUUACAAUGUUUAAUUCAAAAAAUUGUUACAAUCUCGUUUUAUAGACGUCCCAUCUCUCGAAAAUGGGCUAUAUCGAGGACAAGAGUCAUUUUUUGCUCAUUGAGGAAGCCAUUUAUUUGGUUCAAAUUGGUGCCGCAGCUGUUUUGACCCCCAACUCUUCAUGCCCUUGCAGUUUGUCACAGCUGAUGGCCGCGUUGCCCUUAUUCGAAAGCAGUUUGCAGAGGUAUUCCGCCUUCUUCUCGCUCUACCGCAACGGAUUCACGGUGAUAAGGAAGGAGGAUGAUAAGUACGUUAAUUUUUUUUGUUUUUAUCUUGCUUUUUUUACUUUUUUUAGUUUUUUGUCACUUUUUCAUACUGAAGAUUAGACAUGAGGAACGUGAUGGGCCUGGGUCUACCUAAACUCGGCCCAACCCGUUCUUUAUAUCUACUGAAGGGGACGUAGGUGUUGCUGGUUUUAUUUGUUAUAAUGCAGACAUCAAUGCUUUUUAACAGAUCACUAUGUAGGUAUUGAUAUGUGACGAUUGAAAGUUCAAAAUAUUUACAUUUUCAUCUAAAAAAUGAAUCACAGGAAAGCUUAGGGCCCCCAAUCAUAAUAUUAUAAUCGAACACAAAAAAAAUUUUAUUGUAGCUGUACCUUCUAUGAGCUUCGAAAAGAUGGUAGCCCAAAAGAUGUGUAUUAUAUGGUGUUUGACAGGUAAAUAUCAUUAAACUUACUUUUAUAACGUCACUGUUAACAGUAGCAGCUCGGCCUUAAACUUGUAGUAUUAUCAUGACUUUGCUGACUUUAAAAAAAGGUUAUUUGUAUUAGGUUGUUCAGAUAAUUAUGUGCUCUCUAAUCUCGAAGUUUUGCUUUGAGACGAGGCACAGUUUAUUUGAAAAACUUAAUAGCGCCAUAACCUUAAAGUUGUUGUUAAUACGUAGUAGUUUGACCUUAAAACAACAACAUUAAAAAAAUUAUGUUAUUAGUAGCUGUUGAACCUUAAAACAAGACUGUUUAGCAGUAGCAUUCCGGCCGAUCGCCCCAGGCAUAAGUUCCUCGUUUCGAGUGGUUCGACCGCCACUCCACAGUUUCGAUUUGUGACCACCGACCACACCUUCGACCCUCAGGCCGUUUCUGUUCUCCGAUAA